GUUUUUCUGCUUCUCCCUAAAGGAGUUAACUUCAAAGGUUUUGUCAACUCCCGCCCAUCACAUUUAAGCAGCUAAGACGAUGAUCCACUUAUUACAGACCCUCCUCCUCACCUGCUUUGCAGUCACUGUGCAAGCCAAGAUCUUUGGUCGCUGCGAGUUGUUCCACAAACUGAAAGUUAGCGGACUGGAUGGAUAUGAGGGGUACAGCCUGGCCAACUGGAUCUGCAUGUCGUUUUUUGAGACUGGCUUUGACACAGAGGCUAUUGACAGGCGCAAGGAUGGCACCAAAGACUACGGCAUCUUCCAUAUCAACAAUGGCUGGUGGUGUAAAGAUGAAGGUACCCUCUCGGAGAACCUUUGCUCCAUGUCUUGCGCAGAUUUAUUGAAUACUGAUAUCAACGAUGAUAUCUUAUGUGUCAAGAGGAUUGUGAAAGAUCCCCAAGGCAUGGGGACCUGGAAGGAGUGGAAAAAGCACUGUGAAAAUCAAGACCUGCAUGAGUGGGUGAAGGGGUGUAAGCCCUGAAAACCUGUCUACCUUCUGUUUGCCAUCUCUUAUGUCAUCAAUACAGAGUUGUUUGGGUUUU